CUCUCAUAUUUUCGAUCUGUUCGUUGGAAAACAUAGUUUUCUUCUACCGUACUCACCAUCCCCCUCUGUAAAUCUGUUCGCAGUGUUUACCGCCAGCAUCCAACAUUCCUAGUGUUCGCAGUGCUCCUCGGAAGAGGCUGAACGUUGUUCGCCCUAGUUGUUCCAAGUCAAGAGAUAAGAUCUUCAGUAGCAAGUGUGCACGGUUUCACAUCGCCGAGAAGGGAGCCAAACACAAACAAGAUAUACACAGAUAAGCAGAAGUAAUGGCGGGGCAUGAAGAUUCAGGGGCUUCCAAGAAAAAAACUGCUGAUUCUUCAAAUGAUUUACCAACCUUCAAUGCUGAGAACUUGCAAAAUAACAUGAAAAUAAUCUACUAUAGUCGAACAUUUUUGUCAAUCAUUGGUGGUGUAAUUGCUGGCAUUUUGGGAUAUACUGGCUUGACUGGAUUUGUCUUCUAUUUCCUUAUCAUGGCCAUUACUUCUCUGGGACUUGCAGCAAAGGCAAAAUUCUCCAUUCAUUCAUACUUUGAUUGCUGGAAUAGACUCCUACUUGAUGGGUUUCUUGGCGGGCUUUUGUCAUACGUUUUGUUCUGGACUUUUGCAUAUGACAUUGUCCAUAUAUUCUAAGGGAGCAUCUGCAAUAGAAAGGAACCACACACUGAUGAUGAUGAUGAUUGAACCCUGUUGUUGUUACUGCCUGCCAUGAUCUGCUUCCCUUACCACCAGUGCGGGAAGGAUGGUGCCUUCUAAGACCUUUCUGUGGUUUACUUUUCAGAGUACUUUGAUGGUUGGGAGCAGUCUUUGUACUCUCCGGAUUUUGCUUUCUUUUUACAACUUUGGAAUUAUAUUCUGAUUAUUUCAAAAUCCAUAGUAUAUUGGCUUUUCCUUAAAUUGAUUAAGAACUUUAUUCAUUAAGAUGGUGUUUGGUAUUGAUAUA